CAAAAAUAAAACAGUGAUCAUGGCUAAAGUAUCAAUAGGAGCGUUAACCAUGUUUAAUCAUGAAGUGCAAGAUUGGUUAGUGUUUAAAGAACGUUUGGAACAAUGGUUUGUGGCCAACGAUAUAGACGCCACGGCUGACAAGGCCAAGUGUAAGCGUCGGGCUAUCUUGUUGAGCAGUCUUACCGAGGGUUCUUAUAAACUGCUGAGGGAUUUAGCAUUACCCAAAGUCGUGGGAACCCUAGAGUAUGAUGACCUUGUGAAACUUCUUGAUAAUCAUUUAAAAUCGGCAAAGUGCGGGUUUGCGGAGCGCAACAGAUUCUACUCGUCGACUCAAAAACCUACAGAAAGUAUGGCAGAAUGGGUAGCACGCAUUCGUGGAUUAGCGGUCGACUGCGGCUUUUCUGCCACGACUUUAGAUGAAACUCUUCGAGAUCGCUUUGUACUCGGUAUGACGCCGGGGCACGAGCGAGAUAAGCUCUUCACCAUGGAUAUGGAGAAAUUGACCAUCAGCAAGGCAUUGGAAGUAGCGGAGAGGAUUCAGUGUGCUCGGCAGGGCGCUGCACAAGCGUCGCCAGCGGCGUCGAGCACGCUGCCAUGUCCCGACAUGCCAGUGUACAAGAUGGCGUCGGUCCCACGUAGCGCGAGGCCCGGCGGCGCAGGAGGCAGCUUCGGUAGCGGCAGCAUAACACAAAAACCACAAGUGGUUUGCGCGGCUUGCGGUUAUGAAGGACAUGAGGCGGCUACAUGCAAGUUUUCUCGUUAUAAGUGCGGUAAAUGCGGUUUAAAAGGUCACCUACGGCGUGUGUGUCCAGGCAAGAAAGUGUUUCGUCAGAAUUAUAUCGAUGGUGAAUAUGGUGAUGUUGAUGCUGAUACUGGCGAUGAUGUUUUCGCAGUGUAAAUACUACGGCGGUAAACGAGUUGUUAACUUUAAAGUGAACGAUAUAGUUUUAGUUAAAAUGUACAGUGCACAAAAAAACUAUUGGGCAAAGGGAACUAUAAUAGAUCAGAUGGGUAAAAGCUUGUACACGGUCAAGUUAUGUGACUCUCACAGCAUUAUUAAAAGACAUGCCAAUCAACUGUUAAAACUAAAAGGGGAGGAAGUAUCACGUGAUUUGGCGACUCAACCAAGUACCUCUAAAAUGGACCAGACCACAUCAGAAAUGCCUGCAAUUAUUUUGCCACUAGUACAACGGAACGACGUGACUCCAACUCAGCACGCUGAUGCGCCGGUAACAGUGGUACCUGCUGAGGAGGAACAGGUAUCCACUCCUAUGACAGAUGCGACUCCAAUGGAACAAGGCAGCGACAGGUUUACGCAUCACACGGAGCAGCAAAUCGGAACCAGUGCGGGCGAAGGGACUGUGCCCCCACGCUCUGAGCAAACUGAGACUUACCAGGGAGGACCAACGCAAGAAUCGGCCGGAGAAGACGCCGAUCAGUUUGAGUCACCUAUUUCGUCUCCAUUAGCUGAGCUACCUCCCCCACGGAGAAAACGAAACGUUGUUAAUUAUAAACAAUAUUUUUAGGCUAAGGGUGGAGGGAUGUUAGUAUUAAGAGUGCGGCUACGACCGCAUGCGAGUUAGUCGAAUAGAUACAACUACGCGAGA